GGCUUCCUGCUUGUUUGCUCAGACUUAUGUUGUAGCUCGCAGCUGCCCAGUAUACAAUCUGUAUCCUGAAGCUGUUAAGCAAUGGUGGAGAGUUUAUUAUAAAACAAAGUUGGUGGUGUUAAGACCUUUUGAGCACAGAACGUUUGAAUUGGCAUCUGACAAAGUACGAAUAUGGCUGAGCACAAUGCACAACCUCAAGGCUCCGGUAAGAUUAAUCAACUGCAGGAUCAGGUCAAUGAUGUCAAAGUUAUCCUCAAAGACAACAUAAACAAAGUGAUGGAGAGGGGAGAGAGGCUCGAUGACCUAAUCGGGAAAACCGAUGAUCUGCAGGCCAGUGCCGACUCAUUUCAAAGGACUUCUGCACGGGUUUCCAGAAAGUACUGGUGGAAAAACACCAAAAUGAUGAUUAUAAUCGGAGUGGUUGUGUUCAUCAUUGUUUUGCUCAUCGUUCUUUUGGCAACCGGAGUCAUUCCUUCAUAAAAACAGUCACUUCUUUCCUGUUUUUGUAUUAAAUGUAAUUACAUGGAAAUUAGAUUAUCACCUAUAUUUAUGCUGUUUUUGUCUCUUAACUGUACUUUGGAAGAGAACACAUUCAAUGAAAUGUCAUGUAAAUAUAACGCAGAAAAGUUGACUGAGUGAAAAUGUAUAUCAUCAGAUAAAUGGUACAUUGAACCACUGAAGUUGUGAGGGUUGAUUAGCUUGAAAUUAUCAAUCAACAUUUCAUUCUUAAGAGUUUACAAGACUGAGUAACACUAGUUUAAUUCCAGCCUCCUCUAGACCUUUCAAACCGUACAGUGGCUGUAGUUUAUAUGGAAAAUGAGUAAACAAAUCCAUUUCUGUGAAGGGUAAAGGUAGAGAAGGAAGUAUGUUUAUGAUUGUGUUUUCGUAUAUUGGACUCCACGUAGCCUAUUUAUGGUCCAACCUUUGUUUUGGAUGUUCGAAGUUAUGGUGUUGGUUUGUAUUUCAGAGCAUUUCAUUAAUUAUGAAGGUUUUCUUUUCUCUAUCUUAUCAUACACUGGACAGCCUAGACAAAAUGAAGUGUACAACCGUACUUGUUUGCUCACAUGAUAUGCCAAUUAGCAUGUAAAUAUGAAAUAUUGUACAGAACGGACUGCCCGUAAUAAAGAGAGACUCUCUGGCAUGCAUUGAA